AUGGUAUGGUUGAGGCCUAGGAAUAUGUUUUAUACUCUAUCCAGAAGCAACGGUGAAGCCAUACACACAAUCGCAUGGAAUACUCCUAAGCUUGAGAGUGGGGAUAUAGAAAGCAUUGUCGAUAAGAGAUUUGAAGGACAUUUCACCACCAACUCUGCAUGGAAAUCCUUGGAUAUUGCUAUGAUGUGUGCAUCAUCUACUUCAAUCCAAAGGCCAAGCAUGAACCAAGUGUUGAGCGAUCUGAAUGAUUGUUUAGCCAUUGAGAUGUCCAAAGGAACAUAUAGAGAGAUGGAUAAUUGUGGAAAUGAUUACUCUACUACUGACAUCGACCACAACAUUGGCAUUGCUGAUACAUCGAUUGAAAUGGGUCAGACAACAAUUUAG